AUGGCGAUGCAGAAGGCUAAAGAGAUCGUUUCAACCAAUUCCACGCUUUUGUGUACGAAAGGAGUAUCUGUGUUUGCGUUUGUGAUCUUGAGUAAAUCUGAUGGAUUCAAGUCGUAUUGUCCUUACUGUGUGAGUGUGAAGGAGCUUUUGCAACAACUGGGAGCUACGUUCAAAGCCAUUGAGCUCGACAAAGAAAGUGAUGGUGCAGCAGUUCAAUCAGCUCUUGGUGAAUGGACAGGACAACGCACUGUGCCUAAUGUGUUUAUAGGAGGGAAACACAUUGGUGGCUGCGAUGCAACGACAAACUUGCAUAAAGGCGGUAAGUUGGUUCCGCUGUUAACUGAAGCUGGAGCUAUCGCUGCAAAAGCUGGAACGACUUCUGCUUAA